CAAGUACGAAUAUGGACCCCAAGGACCCGCGCAUCUACGAAGUGGUGGUGAAAGAGAGUGUGACUCCAGGCUACAUAGUAAGCAACAUUCCACAGGUGUUUCAGCUGUCACAGAUGCCUGCACCUGAAACCCUCAACAUCUCUAAAGGAAACAAGGACGACAGGUUUUCCCUGAAUGAAGAUGGUGGCGAUCUUUGUGUGAAGAAAUACCUGAACUACGAAAUUGAUCCUAGAUACGAGCUGAUACUGGCCAAUGAAAACCAACAGGUGGUGUUGGUAGUGAUCGUGUCUGUAGAGGAUGACCCCGCCUACCCUCCUGUCUUUAACCCAGACUGCUUCAUGCCUCCCCGCAACACCAGCAUUGCUGACGACUGGCCGUUCACGGUGUCUGUGGAGUCAAUAUUCCUCAGCAAACCGGCUCUGAUAGUCGGGGGUGAUAAAAACGAGGCAGCUGUUGUCAUUGACAAUGACAGAUGUGAUGUAAAGGCCUUUGUGGCAGUCAAGGACGAUAAAGUUGAUAUGAUCGACAAGGACUAUGUACCGAGUUUUGACCUGGGCUGCACAAACACACAGGAACCACCAAGGGGAAUGCCCGACAUCAGAACUUACUGGAACGCCUCCUAUGACCGACCGGAUGACGGGGCAAUCAACCCCAGCUGGUUUGUGGACUCCCCCGAUCAGCCUCACAAGCGGCACGUGCUCGUCACGCUGGACAUGAAGAAUUUCUACGGACUCAACCCCUCCAGCUACUCUUGUCGCCUGAGCUUCGACCUGGGCUUCUUCGCCGCUGCAUUUUCUGGGGAAAUCACCAUCGACCCGAUUGGUUGCCCAGAAGGCUUCUAUGGGGGACACUGUAACGAGACUUGCGUUUGCCAGAAUGGCGGCAGAUGCCACCCGUUCAAUGGAGCGUGCAAGUGCCCAAAUGGUUGGAUAGGUCGAGCUUGUGACAUUGUGUCAGCGGCUCAUCCUUAUCCUCAUGAAAAACAACGGGUCUACAUUCUUGUCGGAGCUAUCGUCGGUGCGAUUGCCUUGGUAGCUCUACUGGCCACCGCGGUGGUUUACGUCAUCAGAAGCCGUGCACAAACAAACAAAUACGUCAGCAACGCUCUGGUGGAUUCGGAAAGCUUCCGUGAUACCCCGGAUGAGUACACCGUGUAUCCGGAUGGAAAUGUCCCGGAUGUGAUUAUCAAUAACGGUGGUUAGAAAUGUUGCUCUGAAAAGUGUUAGAAGUGUACCAACGUUUUCUUGUAUCAGCUGUGUUUUAGAUGUGUUUUAGAGUGCUGAUUUCGUUGAUGUAAUACAACUUGUGUGACGGUAGAUAAUUCAUUUCUUGAUUACAUACAAAUAAAUGUAUUUGACUAUGCAAAAAUAGCUUUAAAUCACUCAAUGGUCUGUGUUGUGACCUUGUCUUAUCCGAUCGUAAAUCUUGAAGGCAGUUUACAAUGUCAAUGGUGAUUGUGCAUGAAAAUAGCAGAAUAAUGUAUUUAAGUUUACGGUCUUUUUAAAUACCAAAAAACCUUUUUGGUGCAAAAUAGACAAAAUGACACAAAAUGUACAUAACGCAUUCUUACUGUUAUUGGUUGCAUGACUAUCUUAUGUAAAACGUUCGGUUUGGUUAAAUAUAGCCUAUGAAAUCUAUGGCACUUCCUUUAUGUAUCCAUUUGUCAUUAUGUUUGAAUGUGUUGCUACCAUUCAUGUAUGUUGUAGUUAAAAUUCUUGCUUCUUUUUCACUUGUAGGUUAAGAAUCCAUGGUGUAUGUAUCCCAUAUGUGUAUGUUAGUAAUCAUGUGGUGCACGUAUCUCUUAUUUGUGUGUUAGUAAUUUUGAGACUUUGUCGUGAUCCUAUGCUGAAGAAGAUAUAUAGCAUUGUCUUUAUCUGUUGCUUUGGUUUGACAGUAUGAAAAAAAUUAAAUGUAAAGGUUUAAAACACAAAACAUGUAUGGCGUUCAUAUCUUUAGACAGGAAUAUUCAGCAAAUGAAGCGACAAAAACUGCGAUGCAUGUUGCUGUUGACGACGGCCUUUAAAGUUUCACGUUAAUUUGCAAAAUUCAAAGUUUCUGUCACCCCAAAAGGUAAUUUUAAACUUUAGUACAUUACAAAUGUUAACAAGAAAACAGGGUCAAGUUGUUACUUUUACAAUUACAUUUGCCUUUGUCAUAUCAUCUCGUGUCAGUCAGAGUUUCAUGCU